AUGGGUAGCUUAGUGAAUGAAGCACAGAGUGCUUUUGUACAAGGGAGGCAGAUAACUAGCAACACUAUGCUAGCUGAACUUGUUAAAAGCUACAGCAUGAAACAUAUCUCCCCAAGAGCAAUGAUCAAUAUUGACAUUAGGAAGGCUUUUGACUCUAUAAGCUGGAGCUUCAUUCAAUCUGUUCUCACUGGCCUGGGUUUUCCUAAAGUUAUGAUUAAUUGGAUAAUGGUCUGCAUUACAACUCCUAAGUAUUCUAUCUCUUUCAAUGGUGGUCUCCAUGGAUAUUUCAAAGGGGAACAUGACUUACUAUUAUUUGCAAAAGGGGAAACUUAUUCAGUACAAAAACUCUAUCAGACCUUUAAAUCAUUUGGUGAAGUAUCUGGAUUAGAAGCAAAUCCUGAUAAAUGCUCAAUCUUCUAUGGAGGAGUAGAGGACUCAGUUAAAGCGGAAAUUGCAAAUAUACUUGGUUUUGCAGAGGGGUCAAUUCCUAUAAAGUAUCUGGGAGUUCCUCUAAUUACAAAAAGAUUAUCCUAUAGUGACUGUUUCCCCCUGUUUGAUAAGAUCACAAGAAAACUUCAAAGAUGGACUAAGCACAGGAAACUAACAUAUGCAGGCAGUUUUCAGAUUAUUAAAAGUGUGAUCUUUGGAGUGCUUAUCUAUUGGACAUCGAAUUACAUUUUACCUGUAAAAGUUCUUCGCAGGAUAGAUGAAAUAUGUAGGCAUUUUCUGUGGGGAAAAGAUGAACAUACUUCCAGGAUGUCUCUUGUAGCUUGGGAAAAAGCCUGCUUAGGGAUGAAACAAAGUGGCAUGGGGAUUUUUUUAGCUCAAAUCUGGAAUACAGCUUCUGCUCUAAGAAGUAUAUGGUCCAUACAUUCGAAUAAGGAAUCUCUUUGGAUUAAAUGGAUCCAUGAAAAUUAUCUCAAACAUGGAGAUGUCUGGCAGAUUGAAGCAAGAUCAGGAGACUCGUGGAUGUGGAAGCAAUUACUUAGAAUUAGAAACAAGGUGAUGGCUGAAUCAGGUGGAGCUAAAAAUGUCAAGUCCCUAAUCAUGUCAAGUUGCAAGAAUUCAUCAAAGCCAAAAUUGUCGACAUUAUACAAAAAAUUGUCCCCAGUUACUAACUCUGUACCAUGGCACAAAACUGUGUGGGGGGUGGUCUCAAUGUGCCCAAACAUGCUUUCAUCAGCUGGCUAG